CACAUCUGCCUACUGCUCCAUGUCGCAAGCAAAGAAGAGGAAACUUCCUCUCUCUCUCUCUCUCUGCCCCCUUUCCAUUGACCCAAACCAAACCCAUUGAUCGAAGAAGAAAUCGAGACCUAAGGAGAGUCGGCGGGAGAGGGAGAGAGAGAGAGAGAGAGAGAGAGAGAGAGAGAGAGGGGGAAAAGUGGUAGUCAUGGCGGCGAAGGGGUUGGCGAGAUCUCUUCUUGUUCGGGGAUUUGGAUUGGCGUUGAUCAUCGUGUCGGCGUGGAUUGGGGCGGCGAGGGCGGAGAUCCGGGAAAUGGAGGUGCGAUCGGACGCGCGGUCCAUCAUCCCCUUCGACGAGUUUGGGUUCACCCGGGCCGGCGGCCUGGAGCUCAACGUCACCGGCAUCGCCUUCUUCCCGGAGGCGGAGUCGCCGGACCUGUCGCAGCUGGGCUUCUUUCUAUCUACCCGGGACGCAUGGCUGCACGUCCUCCGCCAGCUGCAGGACCAUGACAUCACCUGCGCCCUCCAGUCCGACCUCGUCCGCCUCGUCUACUCCUUCGACGGGCUCGUCCCCCCGCCCAACCCCUCCGGCGUCGGCGUCGCCCGCUCCUCCACCUUCCGCUUUCGCUUAAACCUCACCGAUCAGCCCGGACAGUUCAUCCUCGUCUUCGCCAACUGCCUCCCCCCGCUCCGCGUCUCCAUGUCCGUCCGCUCCGCCAUGUUCAACCUUCCCGACCCCUCCCAUCGCGCCUACCUCUCCGUCGGCGCGGCCGUCCUGCCUCUUGUCUACUUCAUCCUCUUCCUCACCUACUCCGCCCUCGCCGCCGCCUGGGCCGCCGUCCUUCUCCGCAGGCGCCGCGCCGCCUUCCGCAUCCACUACUUCAUGCUCGCCGUCGUCGUCCUCAAGGCGUUCAACCUCCUCUGCGAGGCCGAGGACAAGUCCUACAUCGAACGCACCGGAUCCGCCCACGGCUGGGACGUCCUCUUCUACAUCUUCAGCUUCCUGAAGGGCAUCUCCCUCUUCACCCUCAUCGUCCUCAUCGGCACCGGCUGGUCCUUCCUCAAGCCCUACCUCCAGGACCGCGAGAAGAAGGUGCUCAUGGUCGUCAUACCCCUCCAGGUCGUCUCCAACGUUGCUCAGGUCGCCAUCGACGAGUCCGGACCCUACGCCCGCGACUGGGUCACAUGGAAGCAGGUCUUUCUCCUCGUCGAUGUCAUCUGCUGCUGCGCCGUCCUCUUUCCCAUCGUCUGGUCCAUCAAGAACCUCCGGGAGGCCGCCAGGACCGACGGCAAGGCCGCCGUCAACCUCAUGAAGCUCACUCUUUUCCGCCAGUACUACAUCGUGGUCAUCUGCUACAUCUACUUCACCAGGGUGGUAGUCUACGCCCUCACCACCAUCACCUCCUACCGCUACUUGUGGACCAGCGUGGUCGCCGGGGAGCUUGCCACCCUGGCGUUUUAUGUCUUCACUGGGUACAGGUUCAGGCCUGAGGCGCGCAACCCCUACUUUGCCAUCGAUGAUGAUGAGGAGGAGGCAGCCGUGGAGGCUCUCAAGCUCGAUGAUGAGUUUGAAUUGUGAAACAGUACUUGGAUCUUCAAGGAGGAAUCAGGAAAUUUACUUGCCUUCUACUCGAUACAGUGUCAAGGGAAGCUCAAAAAACAGAGGUCGGAUCUUUUAUCCUUGUUUUACUUUUCUUUUGCUAUGUUACAGUAAAAUAAGCAUUGCUGAUCCGUUGCCGUUGGAGAUAUGGUCAUCUUGUUUAGUGUCAGUACAAUAGCAUGUAAGUUUGUCUGUCUACUUCUCAUUUAUUGGUGCUAUUUGAUGUUUUUCAGUAA